UCCGAGGGGGAGGGACCCGGCCUUCCUGCACCGGGGAAUCGCCUCCGAGGGACUGUCUCUGAGGCUCCUUCGCGCUUUCGGGGUGUCUGCGGCCGUCGAAGGAGCUGGGGGUGGACUCCGUGAGGGAAAAUCUCAGCCCCAGUCCUUACGAGAGCACUAAGGAACUUGGGACUGUUGAGGGGAGUGAAGACGGUGCCUCCGGGAGGUUGUGGGGUGGGGGGGGCGAGGCAGGGACGGCCGAGCCCAGCGAUGUGGAGGGUCCUAGAGGAGGUCGGAAGGCCUGCCCUGAGGGGGCGCGUGGCCUCGUGGGGACUGCCUCUCGGAGAGUAAGGAGAGAUCCUCUGGCUGGGCUGAACGCCUUGGCACUGGGGUUGGAAACCCGGGAAACCUUUCGGGGGAGGCUGUACCCCACUUCAGAGAAGGCUAGGCACCCAUUUCGGGGCCAGGCGGUUCCCCCACUUUGGGGCAAGACUCAGAAUUGAGUCCUUAAGAACUGUAUUCCGUUUUGAGGAAGAUUGGGACUUAGAAGUUAAUUAAAGAGAAUGGGAACGUUAUCCGUCCCUUUCAGAAGGGAGACAAGGGAGGCCGACCAGGGACUCCUCCGAGCCUUGGGGCCUAACGGGAACAAUCUCCUAAUCUCGGCGGGGAAUGAAGGGCUGGGAAGGAGGUGUGAGGGCACAGGGAGCGGGGUCUAAUGAUAGGGAAGAAGAGCCCUGGCGGAUGCCCUUUCCCUGUGAAUUUACACCAAAGUUCUAGGUAAAGGGACUUGAAAUUCUUUGUUUCGUGCAGCUCCCUCCACGUCUCCUCUCUAUAGGUAACAGUGAGGAAAGCAAAACCCCAGAGAAAGAGAAGGUUCCGUGUGAUAUCCUUGGUUUAGGUUAGCGAAGCAGCAAGCUCCGGCCAGGCUUCAGUGAGAGAGACUCAGGGUAGGGGAAGUAGCAAGCGGGGAAAGGGGUGGAUAGAGGAGGACUACAGGGUAGAAGUGGGGCAGAGUGGGAAUUCCACAAGGCUUUUCUGUCAUCACACCCCAGAGCUGAAGAAAAACAUGAGGAGCUAAUCUUUGUGGGGGGGAAAUGUAAAAAAAAAAAAAAAGGCUGAUAGUUUUUAAUGUGACUAGGUUGGAAUUCAUGUAACUUGAAAAAGCAAUUCUCUUGGAGGUUAAGAGGAUAACAGAAAAGGGGGAAAUCAAGGAUUGGGAGAUACAGGGUUCACAGGGAGGAAGAAGCAGCUUUCCCUCCAGGAAGAGUGCCUGUUUGUGAGUUUGGAGUGUAUCUGAGUACCUACCUACGAAAUGGCAGAUAGGUACUUCAGACCUGUUGGUAGUGAUGGCCUGAGCUAAACACCUAAUUUGAAGGGACACCCUCCGUGUCAAAGAACAGAAUGCUGAAGAAGCUAUGGCAAGUAAUUGGAGCUGUGCUUCAAAAAUUUCAGCAGUUCAACAGUAUUUUAUCUGCCAACAAUAAGCUCUUUACUUGAUUGCACCAUGAAAAAGCUGCUAAUGAAACUUGUUGAACAUAAAAAUGGACUUGAAGAACCAAAAGCCAUUGUUUUCAAAUGAAGAAUACUGAACAGUUCUAAGCCUCAAUGCUUUUUAACCACCACUGAGAUUUUCCUCAUAACAUCAGAAUGGCAAGCAGGCGAAAAUCCACAACACCCUGCAUGGUCCUUGCCAGUGAACAGGAUCCAGACCUCGAGUUGAUAUCAGAUUUGGAUGAAGGUCCUCCUGUACUUACACCCAUAGAAAACACCAGAGCAGAGAGUAUCUCAAGUGAUGAAGAAGUUCAUGAAUCUGUGGAUUCUGACAAUCAGCAAAAUAAAAAAGUUGAAGGUGGCUAUGAAUGUAAAUAUUGUACUUUUCAAACCCCAGAUCUAAAUAUGUUUACUUUUCAUGUGGAUUCAGAACAUCCCAACGUAGUGCUAAAUUCAUCCUAUGUUUGUGUCGAAUGCAAUUUUCUUACCAAAAGGUAUGAUGCACUUUCUGAGCAUAAUAUGAAAUAUCACCCAGGAGAAGAGAAUUUUAAGUUGACUAUGGUGAAACGAAAUAACCAGACAAUCUUUGAACAGACAAUAAAUGAUCUGACUUUUGAUGGUAGUUUUGUUAAAGAGGAGAAUUCAGAGCAAGCUGAACCUACGGAAGUUUCUUCUUCAGGAAUAUCUAUCAGUAAAACUCCGAUCAUGAAAAUGAUGAAAAAUAAAGUGGAGAACAAACGGAUUACGGUUCAUCACAACUCAGUUGAGGAUGUUCCUGAAGACAAAGAGAAUGAAAUCAAACCAGACCGUGAAGAAACUGUGGAAAAUCCAAGUUCUUCAGCUUCUGAAUCUAAUACAAGUACUUCCAUUGUAAACAGAAUACAUUCAAAUACUGCCAGCACAGUCGUGACCCCAGCAGCUGUUCUUCCUGGGUUAGCACAGGUGAUAACCGCUGUAUCAGCUCAGCAGAAUUCCAAUUUGAUUCCCAAAGUCUUAAUCCCUGUUAAUAGCAUUCCUACCUACAAUGCUGCAUUGGAUAACAACCCCCUUUUGCUUAACACCUACAACAAAUUCCCUUAUCCAACAAUGUCAGAAAUUACUGUUCUUUCUGCUCAAGCAAAAUACACAGAGGAACAGAUCAAGAUAUGGUUUUCAGCCCAACGCCUAAAACAUGGUGUUAGCUGGACUCCUGAGGAAGUAGAGGAGGCCAGAAGAAAACAGUUCAACGGAACAGUACACACUGUACCUCAGACCAUAACUGUUAUUCCUACACACAUUUCCGCAGGGAGUAACGGUUUACCAUCCAUUUUACAGACAUGCCAAAUAGUUGGUCAGCCUGGUCUGGUCCUUACGCAAGUAGCUGGAGCGAACACCUUGCCGGUAACAGCCCCUAUAGCCUUGACCGUGGCUGGGGUUCCAAAUCAAACAAAUGUACAAAAAAGUCAGGCACCUGCUGCUCAGCCUGUUGCAGAGACAAAGCCAGCAACAGCAGCAAUCCCACCUUCUCAGCUCGUCAAACACGAAACCGCAGCGGCAAACCCUGAUUCAUUUGGCAUUCGGGCAAAAAAGACUAAAGAGCAACUGGCCGAAUUAAAAGUCAGCUACCUUAAGAAUCAGUUUCCCCACGAUUCAGAAAUUAUCAGACUCAUGAAAAUCACAGGCCUGACUAAAGGAGAGAUUAAAAAAUGGUUUAGUGACACGAGGUACAACCAGAGAAAUUCAAAGAGUAAUCAGUGCUUACAUCUCAACAAUGAUUCCUCCACCACUAUUAUUAUAGACUCCAGUGAUGAAACCACGGAAUCCCCCACUGUUGUUACUUCACAGCCUAAACAAUCCUGGAAUCCUUUUCCUGACUUCACUCCCCAGAAGUUUAAAGAGAAGACCACAGAGCAGCUCCGUGCCCUUCAGGCGAGUUUUCUGAACAGCUCCGUACUCACAGAUGAAGAAUUAAAUAGGUUAAGAGCGCAAACCAAACUUACCAGAAGGGAAAUUGAUGCUUGGUUUACAGAGAAGAAGAAAUCAAAAGCUUUAAAGGAAGAGAAAAUGGAAAUAGAUGAAAAUAAUGCAGGUAGUUCCAAAGAAGAAGCUGGAGAAACUUCUCCCAGAGAUGAAUCUGGUGCACCGAAGCCAGGGAGUACAGGCAAGAUCUGUAAAAAAACACCCGAGCAGUUGCACAUGCUUAAGAGUGCUUUUGUCCGAACGCAGUGGCCGUCACCAGAAGAGUAUGACAAGUUGGCCGAAGAAAGUGGGCUUGCUAGAACAGACAUCGUCAGUUGGUUUGGGGAUACCCGUUAUGCUUGGAAAAAUGGAAACCUAAAAUGGUACUACUACUAUCAAAGCGCCAAUUCAAGUAGUAUGAAUGGUCUGUCCUCCCUUCGGAAAAGGGGGAGAGGGAGACCCAAAGGAAGGGGGAGAGGAAGACCACGUGGACGGCCAAGAGGAAGCAAGAGAAUGAACAACUGGGAAAGGGGGCCAUCACUCAUAAAAUUUAAAACUGGAACUGCAAUACUUAAGGAUUAUUACCUGAAGCACAAAUUUCUUAAUGAGCAAGACCUUGAUGAACUCGUGAACAAAUCACAUAUGGGCUAUGAGCAGGUCAGAGAGUGGUUUGCAGAAAGACAGAGAAGAUCAGAGUUAGGAAUAGAAUUAUUUGAGGAAAAUGAGGAAGAAGAUGAAGUUAUUGAUGAUCAGGAAGAGGAUGAAGAAGAAACAGAUGAUAGUGACACUUGGGAACCCCCACGACAUGUGAAGCGGAAGCUUUCUAAAUCAGAUGACUGAAAUCUGCCUAAAAUGUUGGAGGAGAAUCAAUUCUUCAACGCAAGAUGUCUGAUUUACUGUGAAUGGGCCCAAUCUUUGAUGACACUGAAAACGUUUUGGGGCAUACACAUUCUCAAAAAAUAGGAUCCAAUACCCAAAAGAAAUGGAACUUAAUGUUGUGCCAAAGUUAAACUACUGCAUUUGGCGGAAGUUCUGCAAUGUAAAUAGAACACUAAUUAAACAACUUGUAAAAAUUAGAAUUUUAAUAUAGUACAUUUUUAUUCUGAUAUGAUGGAGAUGUUCUGAUUCUUAGACUUUCUGAGGGGGUUUAAUGACCACUAGAGCUUGUCCUCAUAUUUUGUCCAGCUUAAUAUACUGUAUGUCUAGUGAGAUGGGCCUUAUUGCCUGUAUUCUUUGAUAUGUGAUUAAGCUCAUAGCUUUGAGUGACCAAACAUUUUACAGAGUAAAAAUUGUUAGAAACAGGAGAAAGAAAAACCGGAUUUAUUUCUAUGUCUUAUUUAUCAGGCCCUGCACUAAGAUUAAAAUUUUUGUAUGGGCUUGGACAAUUUCAAUGUAAGUGAAAAAAAACAGCCUAUUGACACAUGUUGAAACUGUAAGAUUUUGUGAUAUCAUUGGCCCUUAAUGAUUGGAUCUUUAAUUGAACACAUUCAUGGAAACCACUAUUACUCUGUAAUACUCUGUUCAUUUUUUUCAUUAGAAGCUGAAUUUGCUUUGUAUUAAACUAAAGAUAAUCAAUACUGAAGAAGGAAAAGAAAAUGGCAUGAGAAUUUGAAUAGGGUGAAACUCUGAAAUAAAUAUUUUACCAAAAAUGUGAAGAAGAACCAUAUAGUAAAUAUAUACUUAGUGUUUUCUUACAAUCAUAUAGAAAUCAGAAAUGUUUGUACAGGUAUCAGAUCAGAAUUUUCAAGAGUUAUCUUUCACGGAAAUUCUACUUUAUGUAGCAAUUUCAGUGAAGAGAGAAAAAAUUCUGAACUGAUCAUAAUGAGUUAAAGGUUAGCUUUUCACUUAAGAAUCAUGGGAGUGUUAACUGUUAACUCUUGCCAUAUCAGGAGACUGAAAGUUCAUACUAACUUAUAAACUUUGUAAAAGACCGGUGCUGUUCAUUCACGUUGAGAAGGACCCUCUUUUUGUGACUAUAGGAUCGUUUUUCAAAAUGUGCUUUCUUCAUAGAAAAAAUGUUCAGUUUAAUUAGCUCUGGAUUUUAAAAUGUUUUUCUGAAUGACCGGAUGUAGUGGGCUUGGCCAGUUUCUCUUGUCUAAUUUAAUGAAUAAUAUUAAGCUCUUGUUUUUACCUAAAUGUUUGUCAGCUAAUGAAACGUUAUGAAAAAGCCUUGAAUAUGCAUGCUGCUUUCAUUUUUAUAAACUUUUUAUUUUUUAACUAUAGCUUUAUUAGUAAUUCCAAAAUGCUGCAAUUUAGCUGAUUUCUUCACUCAGACAGCUGGCUUUGUGGGUGGCUUUUUCAUACUACUGUUAACUUUUUUAAGAAGAAGCAAUGUAAAGACUGUAACAAUUUAAUGCACUAAACUGUUCUUUCUUUUACACAUUUAAAAACUUCUUAAAGCACUCUGUAUUAUAAUGAUUAAAUCGCUCCCUUUUUUAAACCAUU